CCCUCUGGCUGCGCACAGGAGAGUUGCAGGCUCCAAAGACUCCAGUCGUCUCGCUUUCCGUGUCACUAUUUCCACUUUCGCGCAGCCAAUCUGGUCCUCAUGACGCCACCGAGGCUGGGCUCAGAUGGCUCCGAUCAUAAUAUUUAACACAGCAAGCCUGGAUGAGCAUUCAGAAGACAAGCCGGGAUCCGUGCACCUGCCAGCCGCUCUCGGACGGGACUGGAACCGAGCUCCUUUGUCAGGGAGCUGGACAGCAUCCGGCGCGUCCCCUGCUCCGCUCGUCUCCGGGUGUCUUUACUCUAAGUGGACUACACAAAGUCUUUUCUGACACUUUUCCACAGAAGAACACACUUAUGCGAACAAAGGAUUUGCUGAAGAAAAUCGGCUCUUCCGGUUGAUUUUAUCUCUGGAUCCAUCCGAACGCGCGGCGCAAUGAAUGAAGAUCACGCGCCGUCUGUCCACCUGUCUUUCGGGACUGUCCUAAAACAAUAGAGGACUAUGGAAUUCCUAACAUAGAAAAAAACUAAAACUAAAAAUCAAGUCUGCGAUGAGCCUCGAGAAUCCUCAAGAGGAAAACGGCGCUUUGUCAUCGCGUAAAACGGUGCCGUGAGGCGCGCCGCGCGGAAAGGACAAAGACGGAACAAAACAAACAAAUUCAUAAGAAUUAUAAUAAUAACGCUGAAGAUGAUAUUGUUUCGUAAAUUCAGAGUGCUGAUACUCAUGGUGUUUUUGGUGGCGUGCACCAUGCACAUCAUGAUAGACUUGCUGCCAAAAUUGGAGAAGCGGGCGGACGGCGGCUGUCAGUGCGCGCAGCAGCCGGGCGCGGAGGCGCAGGGCUGGGGGAAGCAGCGCGCCAGGUCGGCGGCUGAAGCCGGCUGGCCUAACAAGCACACGCUGAGGAUCCUGCAGGAUUUCAGCAACGAGCCGAGCUCCAACCUCACGUCUCACUCCCUGGAAAAGAUCACGGCAGGAGGAGAGAGACCGGAGUCCUUCGGGCGGAUGGCGGCGGAGGAGCACAAGCCGCUCAUCAGAGACGCCAGCGGCGGGCGCAGCGUCCCGGUUCCCGGUGUGUCCAGGCUGGCCGCUCUGUUUGAGCAUCCCUUAUACAAGACUGAGCUCCCGCCUCUGACGGACGAAGACACUUUGUUCAACGUCAAUUCAGACAUCAGGAUUUAUCCGAAAACUGCAGGGAGUCAGGGAUGGCAUAAUGAAGAGGGGAAUGAAGAGGCCGAUGAGUUGUCUCCAACAGGAGAGGUGACGGCAGACUCUUACCCCAACUGGUUACGGUUCCACAUCGGGAUCAACCGCUACAAGCUGUACUCCAGACACAGUCCUGUGCUGGACGCCCUGCUCAAGGAUCUGGUCUCUCAGAAGAUCACCAGCGUGGCCAUGAAAUCAGGAGGCACUCAGCUGAAGUUGAUUAUGACUUUCCAGAACUAUGGACAAGCUCUGUUCAAGCCCAUGAAACAAACACGGGAGCAGGAAACCCCUCCAGACUUCUUCUAUUUCUCCGAUUUUGAGAGACACAAUGCAGAGAUUGCCGCUUUUCAUCUCGACAGGAUCCUUGAUUUCCGUCGAGUACCCCCAGUGGCAGGAAGACUCGUCAACAUGACAAAGGAGAUCAGAGACGCGACUCGUGAUAAGAAGCUCUGGAGAACCUUCUUCAUCUCACCAGCCAACAAUGUCUGCUUUUAUGGAGAAUGCUCUUACUACUGCUCCACUGAGCACGCGCUGUGUGGCAAACCAGACCAGAUAGAGGGCUCGCUAGCAGCUUUUCUGCCAGACCUCAACUUAGCAAAACGCAAAACAUGGAGAAACCCCUGGAGACGCUCCUACCACAAACGCAAGAAAGCCGAGUGGGAGGUGGAUCCAGAUUACUGUGAUGAGGUUAAGCAGACCCCUCCAUAUGACCGAGGCCCUCGUCUGCUGGACAUCAUGGACAUGACCAUCUUUGACUUCUUAAUGGGUAACAUGGAUCGCCACCAUUACGAAACAUUUGAGAAGUUUGGUAACGACACCUUCAUUAUUCACCUGGACAACGGAAGAGGGUUUGGAAAACAUUCCCAUGAUGAACUCUCCAUCUUGGUGCCUCUUAGUCAGUGCUGCAGGGUGAGAAAGUCUACAUACCUGCGUUUGCAGCUUUUGGCCGAAGAGAAGUACCAGCUGAGCUCCCUGAUGGAGGAGUCGCUGCUGCAUGACCGCCUGUCCCCCGUGCUGAUCCAGCCUCACCUGCAGGCCAUGGACCGCAGGCUCCACCUGUUGCUACAGGUUCUGGCACACUGCGUCGACAAAGAAGGCUUUUCCAAUGUUGUGAUGGAUGACUUAUCUGGAGAAACGAGUAUGCACAGGAACCCAGGACACAGGUAGUGAGGACAAGGCUUAAUGAUGGGGACCAGCAAUUACAGAUGGACAACAGACAAAUGGGACUGAACCAAAAAUCCUCCUCACAUGGAGCUGAAUUCAGUGAAUUCCUAAACUUGCCAUCAAUGCCUCUGCGGAUCCUGCUUUUAAAGACACUACUGAUGACUGUGCUCAGAGACUUUAUUUAGAGAUGUAGUAUUUUUGUUUUUUUCAGAGGUUCUAUGAGACAUAAGUGUCCUGUAUGUUUUGCUUUCAGUUUCAGUGUUUUAUGAUAUUAGUACCAAAUGAGAAAUAUCACUGACUGGAUGCUGUAUCAUCUGAUAAUAAGCUUUAUCAAUCCAUCGCAACUUAUGACAAGGUUGAAAGUGUAUAAAAUUUCACUGCAUUACUCACUUUGUAAAACGCGUCAGAAGUCAUUUUUUUCCACCUCAGUGAUCACAAAGUGAAUUAAAGACCAUCUGCAAGCAGGAAAAUAAGCCCGUACCAUGAUGCUCCAACAUAUUUACCUCCACCAAGGAAGUCAUGCUUUCACCAAGUGUUUGCGCAACAUUAAUCAAAAAUGAAUAAAGUGAUUUUUUUUUUUCUCAAUACUGGACCCCCAUUUCCCAAAAGCAUGUUAAGGCUCAGAUGUCUGUAGAAUCAAAUUUACAUUCCGUUCAAAGUGAAAGAUGCUCAUUAAAAUGAUUGAUGAGUGCC